AUGGGUGACACACUUGAAGCUAGUUUGGAUGCUGUCGGCAGCAUCGGAGCCUUCUCCCUUGUCAGAGAGGAAGUAGUGGACAACCAAGGUGUGGAGUUGACACCCAUAUAUAUCGAUGCUCAGAAGAGGUGGCGUGCAAUUUCCACAAUGCUCCGUAGCAUCAAUGCCUUCUCCCGAGCAAGGGAUAAUGCAGCUGAAAACUACAGUGGGCUGUUGGACAAUCUUCUGCCAUCUCCAUCUGACACAGUUGUUGAUAUCAUACCGGAACGCCUAUCUGAGCUUGCCCGCCUCAAAAACAUUGAGCAGCUUCGUCAGCUUGGAGGUGUUCCAGGCGUCGCCUCAUUUCUCAGAACAAAUGCUGAAAAGGGUAUCCCAGGUGAUGAUGAAGACGUUAUCCGUAGGCGCCUUGACUUUGGUUCAAACGCUGUUCAGAAGCCAACUCCAAGGGUUUGGCACACAGUGAUUGAGGCCUUCGGUGAUCCCAUUAUUAUUAUCCUACUUAUCUGUGCAACACUUUCACUCUGUUUUGGUAUAGCACGUCAUGGGCUGAGAGGAUGGUCUGAUGGGGGAAGCAUAUUGGUUGCCGUCUUUCUGGUGAUCAUGGUCACUACUUCGAGUAACCUCUGGCCUAGAAGACAAUUCUUUAGGCUAUCAAAAGCUCGUGAUAACUUCUCUGUCUUUGUUAUCAGGAAUGGGCAGCAGAAGUACAUCUCAGUGUUUGAAGCCGUUGUUGGUGAUAUUAUUUGCCUGAAGACUGGAGACCAAGUUCCUGCUGAUGGCUUGUUCAUAGACGGGAACUCUUUACAAGUGGACGAGUCAAGCACGACAGCAGGGAGGGAAUCGAUUGAAGUCAAUGAAAGCUGUAAUCCAUUCUUUCUCUCUGGCAUGAAGGUGAUCAAUGGCUCUGCUCGAAUGCUCGUGACUGCAGUUGGCCUCAACACAGAAAGGGGGAGGAUGCUGAGCUCAAAAAACUAUGAUAUUGAGCAAAGACCUCCAUUACAAAGGAAGCUACAUGAGCUGACGAUACAAAUAGCUAAAGUCGGUUUAAUGGUUGCUUUCUCGGUCCUGGUAGUACUGCUUGUUCGUUACUUUAUGGGGAAUAUGCGGAAUGGGGAAGGAAAAUCAGACUUCACUGCAGGGAAGACAAAAAUCCAUGAAGUCUACAAUGCUGUGGUAGGGAUUCUAGCCACCCCAGCUGCUAUUGCUGCAACUGCCAUCCCUGAAGGUUUGCUUCUAGCUGUCAUGAUAACCAUUGCUUACUCAACCAAAAGGAUGGCAUCUCAAAAGGCAAUAGUAAGAAAUCUUUCAGCCUGUGAAGCAGUUGGUUCCACAACUGUAAUCUGCACGGAUGAAAGAGGAAGUCUUACCCUGAAUCAUCUGAUAAUAAGUGAAUUUUGUUUUGGCAAGAAGCUUCUCAAUGCAGGAACUUCCUCAAUCAUCCCAAGAGAUGUUCUUCAACUGCUCUGUGAAGGUAUGCUUUUGAGAAGCACUGAAGUCUCAUCAGGAUCUCCCAUUGAACUUAUUGAGAGUCAAGUUCACAGUGCAAUUCAGGCAUGGACUGUCCAAGAUAUGGAAGUCAAUGUUGAACAAGUUCGAGCAAAUUGUGCCGUUCACAGCCCAGAAAGCUUCAAUUCUGAGAACACUCAAAGUAGCAUAUGGAUCAAGAGGAAUACCAGUGAUACUAUUCAUGUGCACCAGAAAGGCCAACCAGAAAUCAUAUUGGCCAUGUGUUCACAUUAUUAUGAUGAAGAUGGGAUCAUCAAACAUAUGUCUAUUGAUGCAAUAAGAAACUUGGAGCAAAUAUUUCAGGAGAUGAAGUCUAAGGGUCUCAGGUGUGUAGCAUUUGCACAUAAAGAAGUGUCAGAAGAACAUAGUGAUGACGCUAUAAACUUUGACCCCAAGCUGAAAGCAGAAAACUCAGCUUUCAUAGGGUGCCUAGGCUUGAAAUACCCAUGUCGGCCAGAGGUACAAAAGGCUGUGAUGGACUGCCGGGAAGCAGAAGUGGAUAUCAAACUGGUCACAAGAAGUGAUCUUACCACUGCUAGAGCCAUAGCCAUUGAAUGUGGUAUUAUUGAUCCAACUCAAGAUGAGACAACAGAAGAAAUAGUGGACCGUCAAAGCUUGCAAAGUAAUGCAGAAACAGAGAUAAAAGAGAAAUGUGGCACAAUCCGUGUCAUGGCACGAGCUUCUACUUUGGAUAAACUUCAUAUGGUCCAAGGCUUGAAACAGAGAGGCCAUGUCGUUGCAGUUACUGGACAUAGCAUAGGGGACGCAAUUGUGCUAAGGGAAGCUAAUGCAGGCCUCUUUCUGGAAAUUCAAGGGACUAGCCAAGCAAAGGAGAACUCGGACAUUAUCAUUUUGGACGAUAAUUUUGAUUCUGUAGCCGGAGUAUUGAGGUGGGGUAGAGGUAUGUAUCACAAAAUCCAGAUGUAUGCACAGUUCCAACUUUCUGUUAGCAUUGCUUGUCUUGUGAUAGACUUCGUAACAGCAGUUUCUGCUAAAGAACCUCCCACUAUCAAUAUUGUUGCGGCCAUUUCAUCAGGUAAAGUCCCAUAUGCAACAUUUCAAGUACUAUGGGUGAAGUUGAUAGUUGGUGCAUUGGCUGCACUGGCUAUCACCAUUGAGGAACCACCAGAAGAGCUCAGACAAUUGCCAAGAGUAGACCAGGAGCAGCCAUUUAUAACAAGCAUCAUGUGGAAGAAUAUAGUGGGACAAGCUGUCUAUCCUAUCAUUGUUCUCCUGACCAUACAGUUCAAAGGUCAAUCAACCUUCAACCUGGAUGCCAAAAUAAAGGAUACCAUGAUCUUCAACAUCCUUGUUCUCUGGGAGCUCUUUGUCAUAUUCAACACGAAAAGAGUUGAAGGAAACUUCUUCAAAGGGAUACAUAAAAGGAAAAUGUUUUGGGGUGUAAUCCUAGCGAUAAUUCUUCUUCAGGUAUUGAUUGUGGAACUGUUAAAGGAGUUAGCAGAUACAAAGCAACUGUCUUGGAAGCAAUGGAUUAUAUGCAUUGGAAUUGCUGUUCUAGCCUGGCCAAUUGGGUGGCUAGUCGAGAGGAUAAAAUGUCCAUUUUCUUCACAUUUAUAA